CGGAAGUUGAGUGCGUCUCUCCUGUCCGAUGACGUCACUUCAUUGAGCUGUUUAAAAUGGCGCUUCGGCCCGGAUCAGGUGGAGGUGGCAGUUUUAUGUACCCAGUUGGAGGAGGCGUUGGACCACCUCAAGGAAUGAUUCCCAUGCAACAGCAACAACAGCAGGGCUUCCCCAUCGUCCAGGUGAUGCAGCCCAACAUGCAAGGGAUGAUGGGAAUGAACUUUGGUGCACAGAUGCCUGGUGCUAUGCCUAUACAGGGUGGGAUGGCUAUGGGUAUGCAAACUCCCGGGAUGCAGUUCAUGGGUCAACCUCAGUUCAUAGGCAUGAGGGGGCCGGGGCCACAGUUCUCUGCAGAUCUACAGAAACAGAUGGCGGAGGAGCAUCAAAAACGGCUGGAGCAGCAGCAGCGGAUGGUGGAGGAGGACAGGAAGAGGAGACAGUUUGAAGAACAGAAACAGAAAUUGCGUCUCCUGAGUAGCGUCAAACCAAAAACUGGGGAGAAAAGUCGUGAUGACGCUUUAGAGGCCAUCAAAGGAAACAUGGACGGCUUCAGCAGAGAUGCCAAAAUGCAUCCAACACCGUCUGCACAGUCUAAGAAACCAGACUCAUCGCCAUCUCAUUCAUCUGUCACCUCUCACUCUCUUCCCCCUGCUUUCCCCGACAACGAUGAGUUUAGUGACUUUUUGCAGGGCCCUGUCGAUACCUCUUCCUCAUUCACUUCUUCCCUCCCUCCAUCCUCCCCUUCACUGAGAGCAACUCAUGCCAGCCAGUCUUUAGAGACGGGGCCCGGCCAGCACCCCCCCUCUUCCCCUAUCCCUCACUCUCUCCCUCCAUCUCUCUCUGUCCCCCCUGCCAUCCAACACUCUGUCAUCUCCAGCUCCCAAACUGCAUUCCAAGGCCCAUCUCUGGAAGAAAAGAUGUUCUCAUCAUGUGAUUUGACAGCUGAUAAGAAGGCCCAUGUUAGUUUUAAGCCACGACAUGUUCUGUCUGAGCUGGGUCCCAGAGCUCAGGCCACAACCCAAUUUCACAGCUGCUCCAGAUCCCGAAAUUGGGGCCAAACUCAAGACGACUUCUGUUCUACCUUCAUCGUAGAGACAGCACCUGAGCCUCUUCCUGUGGCUCAAGCGCCACCUGCAGCGGAAACCCCGCCGGUCCAGCCCACUAGUGCCUGCGGUGUGGGCGUCUACCCUCAACAAGACAUGCAGCCCAUGGUGCCAGCCUGGUUGUACAAUGACACCCUUAUCCCAGAGUUGUUCAAGAAGGUCUUUGAGUUCACCAUGACACCAACAGGGAUCGACACAGCCAAACUCUACCCCAUUCUGAUCUCAUCGGGCCUGCCGCGGGAAGCAUUAGGGCAGAUUUGGGCCUUGGCCAACCGUACCACACCUGGCAAGUUGACCAAGGAAGAGCUUUACACUGUUCUGGCCUUGAUCGGAGUUGCCCAGAGUGGUCUUACAGUCAUGAGUCUGGAUAUCCUGAGUCAGUUUCCUUCCCCGCCUGUGCCCAAUCUACCAGCCAUGGCUAUGGCCAUUCCCACUGUCCUGCCUCAGCACCAGCAGCCCAUCAUGACCCAGACGCCCAUGUCCAUGGCAAUGCCCAACCUUGCUGCACCUGUCGUGGGUAUGACCCCAAACCCACCUGCUAGCUUCAUCACAAACUUCCCUCCAGUUCAGGCUGCCAAGGCUGAUGACGAUGAUUUUCAGGACUUCCAGGAAGCCCCAAAAGCUGGUGCCAGAGAUGACUCAUUCACAGAUUUCCAAGGAGAGACAGGGGGAGCGUACCCCGCCAUGGCAACAUCAUCCCAGAGCGGUGUUCCUGCCAUGUUGACUCCAGUGUCUGGAUCUUCAUCCUCCUCCUCAGAUAAAUAUGCAGUGUUUAAGCAGCUGUCAGUGGAGCAGCCUGCAGUGCCCACACCUCCUGUCUCAGAUUCUGGGGACAAAUACAGUGUUUUCCGAGAGCUUGAUCACCCUUCAGACAGAAAACCAGUGGGGGAGGGAUUUGCUGAUUUCAAGUCUGUCAGUGCCGAUGAUGGUUUCACAGACUUUAAAACAGCCGACACUGUCUCUCCACUAGACCCACCAGACCAGGCCAAGUUUCAGUCAACUUUUCCUCCUCCUUUCACUUCCUCUCAGUCUCUACCACUGUCCAUUUCUCAGCCAGCCUCUCUGGCUCAACCUAGAAAUCCUCUCAAUAUGGCAGAUCUGGACCUUUUCACCACAAUGGCUUCUCCGGGCCCUACCUCCACUGCUGACUCUAAACUCAGCCUGUUCCCCUCACCACCUCCAUCUUUGGUCCUGCCCACCGCAGUCCCCAAACCUCCCACCGUAGGGGGCGAUGACUUUGGCGAUUUUGCUCUUUUUGGCUCCUCCGCAUCCUCAGAAGUCACACCAGCCGUGGGGAAAGUUGCUGGGGCGACAGUUCAGGAUGACUUUGCUGACUUCUUGGCGUUCGGGAGCUCUAAAGACCAGAGAAGCGAGGCUGGCUCUGGAGAGGGUGGCAGUGAGGUCCAGGGUGACACGUCCCAGCAGCGGCAGCAAAUCAUUGCCGAUAAGUACGACGUCUUCAAACAGCUUUCCCUGGAAGGUGGCCUGGCCUACGACAACAACAAAGAAAAUGGUGGGGGCUCCAUCUCGUCGCUCAAGAGCGACAUGGAUGACUUUGCAGAUUUCCAGUCCUCCAAAUUCUGCUCUGCUCUGGGGGCGUCUGACAAGAGCCUGUUGGACAAAGUAGCCGCCUUCAAGCAAGCCAAAGAGGACUCUGCAUCUGUGAAGUCCCUGGACCUCCCAUCUAUCGGGGGCAGCAGCGUGGGGAAGGAGGACUCAGAAGAUGCGCUCUCAGUACAGCUGGACAUGAAGCUGUCGGACAUGGGUGGAGAUCUGAAGCAUGUGAUGUCUGAUAGCUCCUUAGAUCUCCCUGGUUUGUCUUCCCAUCAACCCCCUGCUGCAGAGGCUGAUGAUUUGAAAUUUGACCCCUUUGGCACAUCAACUGUCAGCAGUCUGGGCAGCUAUGACUGGUCGGACAAGGAAGAUCUCUCAUCUGGUCAAGGUAAGAAGCUUCAGGCAGAGUCUCUAGAUGGACUUCCAUCUUCAGCCAUGGUCCCCAGAAAGGAGACAUCUUUCGGAAGCUCAGAGAACAUCACCCACACCAUGGUUGCCAAGGUGACCACCUUCCCAAUCGAAGACAGUGGCACCUUCACUGAGAGCAGAUUUGAAGCCUUCGCAGACUUUGGCUCCAUUGAGCAGUCUGGACAUGACAACAACGAUGACUUUGGUGACUUUGCCAGCACAGUUUCUGAGAAAUCUGACUCCCCUCCUGGUAACACAGAAGCAUGCUGGGAGGGCAACCAGGGCGAAAUGACAGAUGAGUUUGGAGCCUUCCAGGGCGACAAGCCCAAAUUUGGCAAGUCUGACUUCCUGAAGGCCAGCACGCAGCCCAAAGUGAAAUCCAGUGAGGAGAUGAUCAAAAAUGAGCUCGCCACCUUUGACUUGUCUGUGCAGGGUUCUCAUAAACGUAGCCACAGUCUGGGAGAGAAAGAAAUCGGCCACGUCAUACCCUCUCCUGCCCCUGAGCAGCCCUUCAGAGACCGUUCAAACACCCUAAAUGAAAAACCAGCAUUGCCGAUUAUCCGCGACAAGUACAAGGACCUCACAGGAGAGGUGGAGGAGAGUGAGCGAUAUGCGUACGAAUGGCAGAGAUGUUUGGAGAGCGCUCUGCAGGUGAUCACCACUGCUAAUAACACCCUUAAUGGCAUCAGCUGUUCCUCAGUGUGCACAGAGGUCAUCCAAUCAGCACAAGGGAUGGAGUACCUGCUGGGUGUGGUGGAAGUGUAUCGUGUGACCAAGCGUGUGGAGCUGGGUAUCAAAGCCACUGCUGUUUGCUCCGAAAAACUACAAGAGCUGCUUAAAGAUAUCAGCCGUGUGUGGAACAACCUGAUGGGCUUCAUGUCACUGGCUAAUCUCACUCCGGACGAGAGCUCGCUGGACUUCUCAUCCUGUAUACUGAGGCAUGGCAUUAAGAAUGCCAAAGAGCUGGCGUGCGGAGUAUGUCUGCUCAAUGUGGACUCACGUAGCAAGAAGAAAGAUGAAAACACUUUUGGACGGCUGUUUAAAAAAGCACUGACAAAAGACAAUCGCACCAAAUUAAGGGCCUUUAAUUCGGAGACAGACAACUUUAAGCUCAUGUAUGGAGGUCACCAGUAUCACGCCAGCUGUGCUAAUUUCUGGAUUAACUGCGUAGAACCCAAACCACCUGGCCUCAUUCUGCCCGACCUGCUCUAGAACUCUACUGCUGUGGGGGUUACAAGAGAACCGAGCCCAGUCUGAAGGAUCAUGGGAGUCAUUCAGAACUGUUAAUAACUGUUUUUGCGCUGUUUGCCUCUGAAUCCCUACUGCUCUCACCACUUGAAUUUGGGACGCAACUGUCUAGAUCUGCCAUGUGCUGUAGGAAAAUAUGAUUUAUUAUCUACUACUAGUUUAUUUAAGUAUUGUACAUGAAGUAAAAUGUCUUUGUCUCUACAUUUGUGUUUUUUUUUUUUUUUUUUAAAUCUGCCUCUGUCAUUUGGGAUGCACUUAAGUGUCUGGUUGGAUUUUGAUUAUUGCUGUUCAUUUCUCUAGAAUUUAUAUACUAUAGUUAAUACUUUGUAGAUGUUCUGCAUGUGUUAUGAAAAACAGAAUUGAAAUAUAAAAUACACAAAACAAUAAAGGUAAAAGUGUGAAGAGCAUCAACAAAAUUUUAGCAGAUGUAAUUGAAAUGCAUAUAGACCAAUUAAGCUAUUAAAUCUUGUUUGUAAAAUAAUUUUGACUUCAGUUUUUAAAAACAGAUAAUAUGUUUUGAUGAAAAUCCACUUACAAUGAAAUACUUUGUGGCAACUGUUUGGCCAUAUGCUAAUACUUAAUUAUUUGUAUUAGUUGUGUUGGGACACAUAUCACUAUGGGUCUGAAAGCAGUUCUUGAAUGUUUGUGUUCUAAGUGAUUUCUGAGAAUCUUAAGCCUGGGAUCUUUAGUGGUAUUUACUAUUUGGAAUUAAUUGUGUUGUAGUGCUUCGGAAGGAGUUUGUUUUGUGAUUUAUAAAAAGAUGUGGUAUAAUGAAGGAACUCAAGAAUUUGGGAGUGU